CGCAGUGCGUGGUGGCGGCGGCACGGAGCGCGGAGAUGUCCGUCCCGUACGGCAGCCUGAUGCGGUACCUGUUCCCGGCCCUGCUGCUGCACGGGCUGGGAGAAGGCUCUGCUCUUCUUCAUCCGGACAGCAGGUCCCACCCCCGUUCCUUGGAGAAGAGUGCAUGGAGGGCUUUCAAGGAGUCACAGUGUCAUCACAUGCUGAAACACCUCCACAAUGGGGCCCGCAUCACUGUGCAAAUGCCUCCCAAUAUAGAGGGACACUGGGUCUCUACCGGCUGUGAAGUCAGAGCAGGCCCAGAAUUCAUCACAAGAUCUUAUAGAUUCUAUCACAAUAAUACAUUUAAAGCCUAUCAGUUUUACUAUGGUGGCAAUCGCUGCACUAACCCUAUCUACACAUUAGUUAUACGAGGCAAAAUUCGUCUCCGCCAAGCAUCCUGGAUCAUCCGAGGGGGUACUGAAGCUGAUUAUCAGCUACGCAACAUACAGAUCAUAAGCCACAAUGAAGCAGUAGCCAAAAAAUUAAGUGAGUUGGUCAACAAUACAUGUCCUGGAUUUAUACCAGAAGAUAGUCCCUGGGAACAGGAUGUGAGCUAUGAUUUGCUCAGAGAAGAGAAUGGCUGUGAGUGCACCAAGGCUCUGAAUUUUGCCAUGCAUGAACUCCAGCUGAUCCGUGUCGAGAAGCAGUAUCUGCAUCACAAUUUAGAUCACCUCGUGGAGGAGCUAUUUCUUGGAGAUAUUCAUACUGAUGCUACCCAGAGGAGGUACUACCGACCUUCCAGUUACCAACCUCCUCUUCAAAAUGCCAAGAACCAUGACCGCACGUGCAUUGCGUGCAGAAUCAUCUACCGCUCAGAUGAGCACCACCCACCCAUCCUGCCCCCCAAGGCAGACCUGACCAUCGGGCUGCAUGGCGAGUGGGUGAGCCAGCGCUGUGAGGUGCGGCCGGAGGUCCUCUUCCUCACGCGGCACUUCAUCUUCCAUGACAACAACAACACGUGGGAGGGCCACUACUACCACUACUCAGACCCCAUCUGCAAGCAUCCCACCUUCACCAUCUAUGCCAAAGGCCGCUACAGCCGAGGAGUGCACUCAGCCAAAGUGAUGGGCGGAACAGAGUUUGUCUUCAAAGUGAACCACAUGAAGGUCACACCGAUGGACGUGUCCACAGCCUCUCUGCUCAACGUCUUCAAUGGGAACGAGUGCGGAGCGCAGGGCUCCUGGCAAGUCGGGGUGCAGCAAGACGUCACCCACACCAACGGCUGCAUCGCGCUUGGCAUCCGCCUGCCUCACACCGAGUAUGAAAUCUUCAAGAUGGAGCAGGAUGCCAGGGGCAGGUACUUGCUGUAUAAUGGCCAGCGACCCAGCGAUGGCUCCAGCCCCGACCGACCGGAAAAGAGAGCCACGUCCUACCAGAUGCCUUUAAUUCAGUGCGCUUCAUCCGUACCCAGAUCUGAAGAGUCACCAGAGGAGAAUAAAAUACGGCUGUAUAGCAGCGGGGCACCAGCAAAACAUCCCAGUGCCUCAGUUCUUGCUUUGGUGUUGUUUAUUUGUACUGUGUCAUAUUGGGACAUUCUCAGCUAGAAGUGAAAAAACUAUUUUUCAUGACUACAAAGCCAGGAUUCCACAGACUGAGGGUUGUUUUUCUUCAGAAAGAAAGGGACGUUUAUUUUCUUGAUGCACUUGAAUGCCUGAGAACUGUUGUUCUUUUCCUUAUUUCCCCCCCUCCCUGAAUCACGAACGGCACUCGUUUGAUGUUUGUGCUUUGAACUUCAUCCAGUCUGAUCCCUGGCCUGACAUGACUGCACAAAAGUAAUUGCACUUUAGGACUGCAGACUUCUGGGGGGCGGGAGGGGGUCUCCUUUUAUUUUUUAUUUUUUAUUUUUUUAACUGCUGGGGUGAACGUUGUGAUCCUGCUUCAUUGUCUCUGCCAUUUUACCAUUGUGGUACUGCUCUGCCCAACGCUCAGUUUCUCAUCAGAAUUUAACUCCAUGAAACAAAUCAGUGACAGCGGUUUCCUCUUGGCUUCAGGAUUCUGGUAGAGAUGUGUAUAUAGGAUGGAAACCCACACAGACUUACCUGGUCAUGAUCUCACAGCACAACACAGAAAGAAACAGCAAGUCAACAGCCCUCCGCUGAGAUAGUGCUAAAUGGU